UCCUUCUGGGGUGCGGGUUGCAGAGGACCACAACGAUGCCCCGGAAGAGUAUCUUGGAGGUGAAGGUGCUGGACGUGCAGAAGAGGCGAAUCCCCAACAAACACUAUGUUUAUAUUAUCAAAGUCAUUUGGUCCAAUGGCUCUACAGAGGUCAUUUACCGCCGGUACAGCAAGUUCUUUGACCUGCAGAUGCAAUUGUUGGACAAAUUUCCUAUGGAAGGAGGGCAGAAGGACCCCAAACAAAGGAUCAUCCCCUUCCUACCAGGCAAGAUCCUGUUUCGCCGAAGUCACAUCCGUGAUGUUGCUAUCAAACGCCUUAUUCCAAUUGAUGAGUACUGUAAGGCUCUGAUCCAGCUGCCCCCAUACAUCUCACAGUGUGAUGAGGUUCUUCGGUUCUUUGAAACAAGACCAGAAGACUUAAAUCCCCCCAAAGAGGAACCAAUUGGAAAGAAGAGAUUGGGAUUUAUCCAGAGAACGGCUUCUUUCCUUCUGAGAGGUGGAGAUUUGGCAUCAGCAGAUCCCAUGGUACUGGAGCAGUAUGUGGUGGUGGCAGAUUACCAGAAGCAAGAGAGUUCUGAAAUCAGCUUGUGUGCCGGCCAGGUGGUGGAUAUAAUUGAGAAGAAUGAAUCUGGUUGGUGGUUUGUGAGCACAUUGGAUGAGCAAGGCUGGGUCCCCGCUACGUGCCUUGAAGUUCAGGAUGGAGUCCAAGAUGAAUUUUCAAUGCAGCCUGAAGAAGAGGAGAAAUAUAUAGUCAUUUACCCUUACACUGCACGGGACCAAGAUGAGAUGAACCUGGACAAAGGCACAGUGGUGGAAGUGAUCCAGAAAAACCUGGAGGGAUGGUGGAAAAUCAGGUAUCAGGGUCAAGAGGGCUGGGCCCCAGCAUCAUACCUGAAAAAGGGGAGUGGGGACAUGUUGACGCCAAAGCUGGGCUCUGCAGUUUCUGCCCACUCAUACACACUGGAUCUGGAUGGAAUUUCCCGGCAGCAGAACUCAGCAGGCCGAGACAAGGAUGGAUGCAACAACCAAAGGGAUGGAAGGUUCGAUGGUCGCCCAUUGCCAAAUGUGGAACUCAGGCGAAAGUCACCAAAGAUGAGGCAGAGACCACCUCCUCGUCGAGAUCUCACAAUACCACGUGGCCUCCACCUGCCGAAGCCUCCUGUGCCGCCGCAGGUAGAAGAGGAAUAUUACACCAUUGCUGACUUCCAGACCACGAUCCCCGAUGGCAUCAGCUUUCAAGCAGGAAUGAAAGUAGAAGUGAUUGAGAAGAACCUGAGUGGUUGGUGGUACAUUCAGAUCGAGGAGAAAGAAGGUUGGGCACCAGCUACCUUUAUUGAUAAAUACAAGAAAACAAGUAAUGGAUCUAGGCCUAACUUCUUGGCACCACUACCAAAUGAGAUCGCACAGCUCCAUCUUGGCAACAGUUCAUCAGAGAGCAGCUUCAAUGGAGAAGCCCCUGGCCCAUCCAGGCCUUUGCCUGACGCACCACCCAACGGUGCCGAUCUUGGAGGGAAGUGGAAAGGGAAGGAGGCCCCCAAGAGCGCUGUGUCUGAGAACAGCGACACAUCUAUAUUUGUUGGGUACGAGGAGAUCUCCGAUCAGGAUGCAGAGGAGAAACCUAGCCUUCCGCCUCGGAAGGAAUCAAUUAUUAAAUCGGAAGAGGAGUUGAUGGAAAGGCAGCGGCUAGAGCAGAGGCCGCCUCCAAAGCCCCCUGGUGCGAUUUUGCCGGCGAUUCCUCCCAAGCAAGCUGUGCCGCCAAGGGACAGCAGGAAACCAGAACUCAAAACAGAGAAAGGGAAAUUGUUCCAGUUGAAGAAUGAAAUGGGGUUAGAGUGUGGGCACAAGGUGUCGCCCAAAGAAAUCAAGAAGCCAAAUCUCCGACCCAUAGUCAAGCCAGCCAAGCCAAAAAUUGAACCCCCUGUGGAGGAUAAGCCUGAGCUGGUUUCCCAAAACCCCUUUAUGAAAUCAAAGCCUCAGGUGAGACCCAAGCCAACAGCAGCCCCUAGAACAGAGCCCCCGGGGACGCAGGCAGACGAUAAACUAGACAUUUGCAAUCUGAGGAGCAAACUCCGGCCUGCAAGGAUGCAAGAGAAGCUUUCUGAACAGGACUCUGCGGCAGGGGAGAACGCCUUGAGCAACAGCAUGCCACCAGCAGAACUUGCCAUCAGAUCUCAGGAAAGACCAAAUGCAGAGGUCAGGCCUCCUUCCAGACCAGACAGCCAGAUCUUUAAGGAGGCGCCUUUGCCCAAAGCUCCUGUUGCCUCUUCAAAGCCAGGCGACAGCGAGCCCAAGAGCAGCUUUCCAGUUCCCCGGGAACCACCCCAACGGCCCGUUGUGCCACCUAGGAGGCCACCUCCGCCCAAGAAAGCAUCCUCUGCGUCUCCACAUGCCCCCUCUCUGGAGCACAGAGCCCCACAGAGGGAAGUGCCUGAAGUCAGACCAGCCCCGGUGCCUGGCAGGCCGAUGCUGGUUCCACCCAAAGCCAAAGGUUUCCUGCCCACUGUGGGCCAAGAUGAUGCCAAAGCAAAAAGUGGCCUAGGCCAAAAGCCUGCCCCCAAACUGGUGGAGAGGGAGACCAAGGAGAGAGCAUCUGUCCCCAUCACCAGCUCAGAUGUCUCCAAAGAAGCCCUCUAUGUGGCAAUGGCAGAUUUCGAUGGAGAUGAAGAAACCAGCAGCUUUAAAGAAGGGACCUUAUUUGAAGUUCGGGAGAAGAACAGCAGUGGCUGGUGGUUUUGCAAAGUCCUCACUGGAGGGCCAUGUUGGGAAGGCUGGAUUCCUUCCAAUUAUCUCAUUAAAAAGCCUUAGUCAUUCCUCCCCCAUCUUCUGUUUAUUCAGCUCAACAUUCCCCACUAUAUUACUAAAAU